AUGGUAAAGAUACGUAAAAAUGUUGAAAACAUGGAAAUUUAUGAUUACAUGAAGGAUUUAAAUGAAAAUAUAUGGGAGUAUUUUUUUGAUGAUUCCUUAGCUCAUGAAACAAUUUUUCAUUCAUUAAACGAAUUAGAACAAAUUAUUAUCUCUCGAUUGUUAUUUAUUCAACAAGUAGUUUCUGAAAGAGCUAUGAGAUUAUGGAUAAAUCCUCAUUUUUUAAAAAAUUUAAGUGAAGGAAUAAAAAAUUUAGUAGAUGCGAAAAUAUUAAUAGGAAGUGAUACAAAAAAAGAUAAUUAUAGUCAAUAUAAAAUAAAUGAUAAAUUUAGAUAUACUUUAUUAAAUAAAAUUUAUAAAUUUAACGAAAAUAAUAUUUUUAUAUUCAAUUAUAACAUUAAAGAACAAAUAGAAAAAGAAAAAAAUUUGUAUGAAAAUAAUUUAUUUCCAACAAAAGAAGAAAUUUUUAGCUAUGCUCAAACUAAAUGGAAUAAUUUACUACAUUUUAUUGCCUCUCCUAAAAUGAAUAAUUUAAAUUCUUAUGUGAUUUGUAACAAUAAUAAUAAUGAGGAAAAUAAUUAUGCAAACACAGAUUAUUUAUACUCUAGUAGUUUUAAAAAUGAUGACAUAAAUAAAAAUAAAUCGUUAUAUAAAUUGUCGUAUAAUACUUUCAAAAAAAAUGAAAAAAAAGAUCAAGACGAAGAAGAGUAUUAUGAAAAUUAUGAAGAUGAUCAAGAAGACGAAGAGGAAGAGAUGGAAGAAGAAGAAGAAGAAGAAGAAGAAGAAGAAUAUAAAAGACAAGAAGAUCAAGAAGAAGAAAAUCAAGAAGAUGAACAAGAAAUACAUAGUGAAGAAGAUAAUAAACAUGAAAAAAAAGAGAAAUCAAAAGAAUAUUAUGAUUAUGAAAAAGAAAAUAAUAAUUAUAUAUAUAAGGAUAAUUAUAUAGGUAAAUGUAAUGAUUCUAAUAUUAAUAAAGUAAAUAAUGAAAAUGUAAACCAAUAUGAUUACUAUAUGAGAAGAAAAAAAAAAAAAAAAAAAAAUAUAUAUGCUUAUAAACAAAAUGAAUUAUAUUAUAAGAGCUUGCAAAACAGGGAAAAUAGUUAUAUGGAUGGUGAAGAAAAUAGUAAUUCAAUUUUUUGUUCUCAUGAAAAAGACACCUCUUAUAUUCCAUGUGACAGUGUAAUUGAAGUAUUGAAAAGGAAAAAGUUCAUUUUAGACGAUUCAAACAAUAAUAAAGCUAUAAGUAUGAGUAGAGAAGCAUUUUCUUGGUUUUUAAAAGAUUUAAGAAGUAGGAUAAUAUCAUUAGUUCUUGAAUAUUUACUAAUAAUAGACGAUGGAAAUGUGACAAAUAUAGCUCAAGAAGUUUCUGUAAAAUAUAAAAAAAAGAAUAAUGUUGAUAAUAGUAAUAGUAGUCAUGUAUAUGACAAAGAUAAAAAUGAUUCUUUUAUUGAUGAUUCUUAUAUAACAAAAGUAAAUAAAGAUCCCAAAAAAUCUGAAAUUUAUGUUAAAGAAACUUUACUAUUAAUUUUAUCUAUAUCCCAAUGUGAUAUUAGUCAACCAAUUUUUUUAGAUAACCUGACAAAAUCCCAAAAGGAAUUUGUAGAUUUUGGUAUGCAUAUUGGUUUAUUUUAUAAACCGAAUGAAAAUUAUGUAUUUAUAACUCCUUAUGCUUUAUUAUUAACUAUCAAUAAUACGAAUACACAGCAUUAUUUAUCUUUACUGAGUAAUAUGACUGUUGAAGGCUUAGGUAAUGAUAAAUUUAAAAAAAAACUAUAUGAAAAAUAUUUUCAUUCUUAUUUAUUAUUGCAAGAACAAAAACAAAUGAUGGAUAAAUCAUUAGAAGAAAAAGAUGCUCAAAUGAUAGAUAAAAACAAAAUAACCAAUAAUUUAAUUAAUGAAGGUUUAUAUUAUGAAAAAAAAAUGAAUGAAAAUAAUAAUUUAGAAAUUGGUUUAAUUGUUCAAAGUAAUUUUAAAGUGUAUUUAUACACAUCAUCUUUGUUAAAGAUUAAUAUAUUGAGUCAUUUAUGUGAAUUACAAGCAAGAACACCAAAUAUGGUGGUAGGAAUAUUAACAAGAAGAAGUGUACUAAAUGCAUAUAAUUCUGAUAUAACAGCAAAUCAAAUAAUCAAAUUCUUAGAAUCGUAUUCUCAUCCAUGCAAAAAUAAUUUUAAAAACCCUAUACCUAUAAAUGUAAUUACUCAAUUAAAGUUAUGGGAAUCAGAAAGACAUCGCUUAACCUUUGAAGAUGCUAUUGUUUUUAAAACUUUUGAAAAAGAAUUUUUACCAUACUUGUAUCAACAAAUUGUUAUAUGGGCAAAUAGUAAAAAUUAUUUACUUUACUAUACACCAUGGCCUAAAAAUAAUACCAAAGAAUUUGAUGUUUGGUUAAAAUCAGAAAAAUAUCUCUGUUGUAUUUAUGAAUCAAAAAAUGAAAUAAUUGAUAAAAUUAAAGAAAUAAGAGAAAAAUUAAUAAAAAAAAGACAAAAACCAUAA